GAAAAGAGAGGCGGCGGCUUCUCCUCCUCCUCCUCUCCCGCCCUCACACGGAGAGCGAUGGAGAGAGCCCUUCCCGCCAAAACGGGGCAAGAGGCGGCUGCGCUGGCCUGGCGGCCUCGGGAAGCGCCGGGGAGGCGGAUCCUGAGGGGGAAACCUUGACUAUUAUACCGAUAUAGCAUACCGAUAUAUGUGCGUGUGUGUUUGCGGUUACCUCAGACGCUGUGCUUCCUCCACAACCCUUGUGUCCUCCCUCAAGAGUGUCGUGAGGACGGUGUUUUCGCGUGUCGGCGGCGGCGGCAGCACCACCAGCAACAACAUGAGCCGCGAUUUCAAACCCGGGGACCUGAUCUUCGCCAAGAUGAAAGGCUACCCGCAUUGGCCAGCCCGGGUGGAUGAAGUUCCUGAUGGAGCAGUCAAGCCACCUACAAAUAAAAUGCCUAUAUUCUUUUUUGGCACACAUGAAACAGCAUUUUUGGGACCAAAAGAUAUAUUCCCCUAUGAGGAAAACAAAGACAAAUAUGGCAAACAAAAUAAAAGGAAAGGCUUCAAUGAAGGCUUGUGGGAAAUUGUGAACAAUCCAAAAGUAAAAUUUUCUACUCAGCAGCCCCAUCCAGCUAUUAGCCCUACAGUUGUUAAAGAAACUGCUGAAGAAACUAGCUUAGAUACUAUGGAGGAAAAUGAACAAAAAAUGGUGCCCAAAAGGAAAAAGCUGACUGCUCUUAAAGGUUCAGUUAAGCAGGAUAAUAUAACCUCUGAAGUUGAAAUAGAAGAAAAAGAGAUGGAAAUCUCGAAAGAUGAUGAUUCUUCAGAAAAACCUAGUGAAGAUAUUGAGAAAUCAGAUGAUGCACCUAUCCCUAAGGUGGCUAGGAGGGGGAGAAAAAGAAAGGCUGAAAAACAAGCAGAAGUUGAAGAGGCAGCAGUGGCAGCAACAGCUGCAGUGCCUACAGCUCCAAAAGCAAGUCCUAAAAGAGGAAGGCCAGCUGCUUCUGAAGUAAAGAUUCCAAAACCCAGAGGAAGACCAAAAUUGAUUAAACCAGUCUGCCCUCCUGAGAGUGAUGUUGUUCACGAGGAAGAUAAGAGUAAAAGAAAGGGAGCUGAAGAAAAACCACCCAAAAAACUGCAAAAAAGGGAUGAAGAAAGUCAAAGAGAAGAAGACAAUGUAAGAAAAGACCCAGAGAAGAAAGAAGCUGAGCCAAAAAGGAAAGCUGCUUCCAAAGUGGGAUCAGCAUCAGCCUCAGAUUCUGAAGAAGACGGAGAAGAGCAGGAAGGGAAUAAAAAGAAAAAAGGAAGAAAUAUCCAAGGGCCUCACAGAAGGAAUAUUUUAAAAGCCCAACAUGAUCGUGAAGUAACAGAGAGAAAACGUAAGCAGGAAGAGCAAAUGGAAGUAGAAUUGCAAAACAAAGAAGAAGGCAAAAAACCAGAAGCUAAGAAGAUGGAGAAAAAACGAGAAACAUCAAUGGAUUCACGACUUCUAAAGAUACAUGCAGAAAUUAAAAACUCACUCAAAAUCGACCACCUUGAUGUAAACAGGUGCAUUGAGGCGUUGGAUGAACUUGCUUCACUUCAAGUAACAAUGCAGCAAGCUCAGAAGCAUGCGGAGAUGAUUUCAACACUUAAGAAAAUACGGAAAUUCAAGGUCAGCCAAGUUAUCAUGGAAAAAUCAUCUAUGCUCUACAACAAAUUCAAAACAAUGUUUCUCGUUGGAGAAGGGGAUUCUGUUCUUUCACAAGUAUUGAAUAAGUCACUAGCUGAACAGAAGCAGCACGAGGAAGCCAACAAAACCAAAGAACAAUGGAAGAAAGGACCAAACAAGAAAGCUGAAAAGGACAAAGAUCAAACAGGCACAAAGAUAGUGAAUGGUGCUUCUGACACACAAGAUGCAAACCAGUCACAGCAGAAUGGGGACAGCACAGAGGAAAAGAGAGAGAAGCUUGAAGCUGGCAGUAAGAAAAAGACGUCGAGUGAUGGAAGAGAACAGGAGAAGACGAAGAGCGCCACCUCUGAAAAUGAGUGAAUGCAGCCUAAUUUUUGUAAAGUACAUAUUAAAGAGGAUUAUAAGGGUUUGCAUUUGAAAACUAGAUCGCGGAAAGUUUAAAAUAAUUUUAUAAGCAUAGUAUUUUAAUGUGUACAAUUUUUGUGGAGUUGUGAAGAGAAUCUCUUUAACGUUUGUCUUUAAAUAUUUAAAAUCUUGAUAGCAUUUGGCCCAGUAUUAACAGGCAAUACUCACUUCAUAUAUAAAGACCAAGUUGAUUUAGAGACUGAACAGUGCUUGUAUGUUUUGGAUUAGUACCGUAGCAUAUGUUUACCUGACUACUGUAUGUUCACUUUUUAGUUAAUGACAGAAAAAUAACAUUCUUUUAGAAUUGCCAAAUUGCUCCACUUGUAUAAAUCUAUUUUCUUCCUGUUGUCUGUGCAUAGUUUUCAGAGUUGUUGUUUGCCAAAGUGUCUGUUCACUGUGUUUUGUAAGAAGCCAAGAGCAUUUUGUAGCAGCUAAAAUGUUACGUACGAGUAUAUUCAGUCAGUCCUUUAUAAAGAAGUUGGUUUUGUUCUUGAAAGCUAAUUGUGCCAAUUUAAUAUGCUCUGACUUUCUGUGGUAUGCUUUUGGUAUUGUAGAUAUCUUACUAAGGAAACUCAAGUUUCCAUUGGAAUUAUUGAUGCACAUUUGUCGCAAACACUGUCUUGAAACAUUUUGUUUAAAAAAAAUAAAGUUUAUGCAGAAAAGGCA